AUGGUGAGAUUUCAAAUUAUGGUGUUGGCAAUUCUUCUGCAAUCAUUCCUCUUCACAGGAUAUGCCUUCACCACUAAUCGGAAAAUUAUAGUGGGCCAGCUCCCCAAGGGGGUGCCCAUUCCGCCGUCAGCCCCCUCCAACAGAACCAGCUGGUAUCCGCCGCCUCCGCCACACCGCCGCACCGAAGAAUCGAAGAUUGUGAUCGGCCAGCUUCCAAAGGGGGUGCCCAUUCCGCCGUCGGGCCCCUCCAAUAGGACCAGCUGGUAUCCGCCGCCUCCACCACAAGCCACCGAAGAGUCUAAGAUUGUGAUCGGCCAACUUCCAAAGGGGGUGCCGAUUCCGCCGUCUGGCCCUUCGAACAGGACCAGCUGGUAUCCGCCACCUCCGCCACACCGCCGCCCUGAAGAGUCCAAGAUUGUAAUCGGCGAGCUUCCAAAGGGGCCGAUUCCGCCGUCCGGCCCCUCCAAUAACCAGUGA